CAGGCUUCACAUUGGCAAAGAGCUAUCCGAAUUUAUGCAACCUAAAAUGAGAAAGAACUCGUUUCAAUUUACAUAAGAAGUACAAACGUUAACGAAGGUCACUCGUCAGUGCGCCCGUAGGUCUUCGAUCGGACGACGCAUUGUUCAGGACUCAAAGAUUUAUUGGAUUGGAUUGUGCAUAAAAAAUAAAAAUGUGUGAGAGACAUGUUACAGUUUUCACUAUAGUGGCUAUUGCGCUGGCCUUCGUAAACAACUCUUCAGCAAGACUCGCGCCUGAUUUUAUUCAUCCUUGCAACAAUACCGAAUCGACCUGCUUAGUUCAGGCAACACAAGAUGCGAUCCCGGAAUUUGCCAGAGGGUUACCGCUCUUGGGAGUACCCGCCUUGGACCCCUUCGUCAUUGACGAGUUACCAAUACAAUUGCCUGGUGUAAAAGUCACAUUUUUGGACGGAAAGGUCACAGGACUGCGCAAAUGUCAGGUGUUGAACGUACAAGCUUACCUGGAAGAUAAUAUAUUCGUUCUUGAGAUAAAAUGUAACAUAACUAUUAAAGGAAAAUACACAGCUGUUGGGAGACUUCUAUUAUUCCCUAUUAACGGCGAAGGAGAUUCCAAAAUCAAAAUAGUUAACUCUGUCAUAAAACUGAACAUAAAGACCAAGUACUUUAAGGAUGCGGACGGCCGAGACCACUUUGGUAUAAAAAAUUACAAAUACACGUUCGAUUAUGGUGACAGAGUACAUUACACGAUCAAUAACCUAUUCAAAGGGAACCCGGAAUUGAGCAAUACAGUUUUACAAUUCCUAAACGAAAACUGGAGAGUGGUGACUGAAGAGUUUGGCCAACCUGUUGUGGACUACGCAAUGAACGUCACCAUAGAAACGGCUAAGAAGUUCUUUAACGCUGUCCCUUACGACGAAUUACUACACGUACCUUUACCAAAGUACUAAUGUAUGAUAAAAUAAUGAUUAGGUUUCUUUUAAGUAUUUGAUGUAUUAACAUUAAUUUAUUUAGCUAGUAAGUACUAACCACCUUCAUAUUU